CACUGUAAAGAACACUUCUUUCUCCUUCUAAUGUGGGGGGAAGAAGAUAAGCUCUGAACUUACAACACUUACAAGAACAGAUCCAUGGAGCGGUGUACGUUGCCAGAGCCGGCCCGGUCUUGUGACUUUGAAAAGUCAGCUGUACUUCGCCAAGCAUUAUCACGAUCGAGACGAAACUGUCAAGAGGCAUCGGUUGCGACUGCACCAAAAGACUGGACCUCUGGUCGUCGAGAUUUGCGAGACCAGCAAAUUGGAGAGCGGAAAGGACACGGAGAAGUUAUAUCAGAAAAUAUUGGCGGUGAUAACGCUUCUGAGCGGUCUGGGAAGCCCCACGGUCCCAUCACAUCUGAGAUUAACGGAAAAAGGAUUGCGGCUGAAGAUUCGUCAUGAUCAUAGGGGAACC